CUAACUCUCCAGUCAAGGCUUGUGCAUGUCCAAGAAUAGCCCCUGCUUGAAUAGUCAGUACUUAAAACGGCCGGCUGCGAGGAAGGAAGUGACAUGCUACCUUCCACUCACUACACACACUUGGAGAGAUUAGCGCGCAGGCAGCGGUAAUCUGGUUUCAGGACCACGGCCAGAGGCACCGUUUGGCACCGAAUCUUGUCGAAAGUUGCGCUGACAACCUUUCAGGGAGAGUGUGAAGAAGUUAUUUUGGACGUUAAGGACUCUGGCAAAGUAGGACUGACAAUGUUUGCUCGGUUGAUUUUAUAUAAAAUUAGUUGAAGCAGAUUAAAUCUCAGUGUCGCUGACUACAGAUAGCGCUGCACAGGAAACAGCAAAGGUUUAAGGAACCUGGUGAUCAAUUAAACUAGUUUGUUUUAUAUGUGUGAGUAAGAAACACGGGGCGGAGGGCGUAGAGGAGAAGGCUGUGCGCUCAAUCGGGAGCGCGCAAAGACUGCACAUUGGUCGGAUCCUGGAGGCGUGAGGAUGGAGAUCCGGCCGGACAGGUUUAAGGUUGUGGCAGCCAAGACUCUCGGGAAAAUAUACGGAGCUCUUGAGAAGAAGCAGGAAAAUGGCGAGACCCUCGAGCUGUCGGCAGAGGGCCGGCCAGAGCUUGUGCAGGAGAAGGAGGUGCCCGUGGUGGACUGCACGUGCUUCGGCCUGCCCAGGCGCUACAUCAUCGCCAUCCUCUCUGGCUUCGGCUUCUGCAUCUCCUUUGGUAUCCGAUGUAACUUGGGCGUGGCUAUCGUCAGCAUGGUCAACAGCCACACCGUCUACAGAGACAACAAGGAGGUCAUAGUGAAAGCUCAGUUUGACUGGGAUCCAGAAACAGUGGGAAUGAUCCACGGGUCCUUCUUCUGGGGAUACAUAGUAACCCAAAUCCCAGGAGGGUUCAUCUGUCAAAAGUUUGCAGCAAACAGAGUGUUUGGCUUUGCUAUCGUGGCUACGUCUUGCCUGAAUAUGCUAAUUCCUACGGCAGCACGGAUGCACUUCGGCUGUGUUAUCAUUGUCAGAAUAUUUCAAGGACUUGUGGAGGGGGUUUCAUAUCCGGCCUGUCAUGGUAUUUGGGCAAAAUGGGCGCCACCUCUUGAAAGAAGUCGCCUUGCCACGACAGCUUUUUGUGGUUCUUAUGCUGGUGCUGUGAUCGCUAUGCCAUUAGCUGGAAUCCUGGUCCAGUACUCAGGAUGGUCAUCAGUCUUCUACGUAUACGGAACCUUUGGGAUCAUGUGGUAUUGCUUCUGGUUCCUGGUGUCUUAUGAAAGUCCAGCUGCCCACCCCACCAUCACUGAGGAGGAGAGAACGUAUAUUGAGGAAAGCAUUGGAGAGUCAUCCCAACAUUCAAUAACGAAAUUCAACACGCCGUGGAGGGCCUUCUUUACGUCCAUGCCAGUGUACGCCAUCAUUGUGGCCAAUUUCUGCAGAAGUUGGACUUUCUACUUGCUACUCAUCAGCCAGCCUGCAUACUUCGAGGAGGUGUUUGGGUUUGAGAUUAGCAAGGUGGGCAUAGUUUCUGCACUUCCCCACCUCGUCAUGACCAUUAUCGUGCCCAUUGGUGGCCAGCUUGCUGACUAUCUACGCUCCAACCAAAUCAUGACCACCACUAACGUCAGGAAACUUAUGAACUGUGGAGGGUUUGGGAUGGAGGCAACCUUCCUGCUGGUGGUCGGCUUCUCUCAUACUAAAGCUGUUGCCAUUUCAUUCCUGGUCCUGGCGGUGGGUUUCUCUGGCUUUGCCAUUUCAGGGUUUAAUGUCAACCACCUGGACAUUGCACCGCGCUAUGCUAGCAUCCUCAUGGGCAUCUCUAACGGUGUGGGCACUUUGUCUGGUAUGGUUUGCCCACUUAUAGUUGGUGCCAUGACGAAGCAUAAGACGCGGGAGGAGUGGCAGGGAGUGUUUCUUAUCGCCUCGCUUGUUCAUUAUGGAGGUGUUAUAUUCUAUGGCCUCUUUGCAUCUGGAGAGAAGCAAUAUUGGGCGGAGCCAGAAGAGCUGAAUGUUGAAAAAUGUGGCAUCCUGGAUGAAGAUGAGCUUGCAAACGAGACAGAGGAGCUGUAUCGCACAAGUGGCGGGGGAGGCUAUGGAGCCAUGAACCAGGGAGCGGAUCCCAAUGGAGGCACGGGAGGAGGAGGAGGAGGAGGAGGAGGAGGAGGCUGGGUCUCAGACUGGGACAAAACUGAGGAGUAUGUCCAACCAGCCGGAACCAAUAAUUACCUUUAUGGAGGAGAGGGGGACCGAGAGUUAACAUAAAACCAGCAGAUCUUCUGCACAUAGCCUUUAGUGAGGCAGAAACAGUACAUCAACAGCGUGGAGUUUCACCUGAUGGCAUGAAGAACUUUGAAAGUGCGGAUUUAAAAUCGGGAGGGGACCAUUUUCAGCAAGUCUGACUGUAUUAUCAUAACUGAACUGAAAUCAAAAGAGACUCCACAGUGGAGGUGAAGACAUUAGUAAAUGUAAACUGUGUGUUUGUGUGUGCAAUUGUGUACCUUGUGUGACAGACAAUCUAAGUAAGAGUGUUUUAGGACUCAUCACCCUACCUGCAACCUCUGUCGGAGGAGGAGGGUUGAGUUUUAGGCCUGCUGUGGCUUUCUUUGAUGUUUAUUCACUAUACUAAUUGUAGAGAUUUCUAUAUUAUCGGACAGGAUUUCAUUUGUUUGACUCUUUGAAUCAUUACAAAUCUUUAGGCGCACAUUGGAUACACGCGCACGUCUGUGAAAACCUAUUGUCUUUCAUUAAUUGGUUUCUAAAAGGUUUCAUAAAUGGUUGUAGAAUUUCCAAAUGACUGAAGUUCAAACGGGAAAUCCCCAAAAACUAGAACCACAAGGUUUUCACUCGAUGUUAUAAAAGCUUUUUUCCUAAAAAAAGAAGUUACGUUUUGUACUUAAUGUGCACACUUUUAAGAAAAAAGCAUGUUACUUGUGCCAAUACAACACAAUAUGUUGCUCUGUAGUAUUGGUUUACUCAUCCACUGAGAAAAUAAUUAAAACACCUGCGAAUAUUUCUGUACACAGCUUUCUGUGAAGUCUAAAUAGCCCAUACUGAUAUUUUUAGAUGCAGCACUUUGAUUUCCUCGUGCACAAAUGUUUUAUGUACUAGGCCUCAAACCUGUCUGCCUGCUGACAAACUGGGGAAUAAAAAAAAAGCCUCGUUUAGGACUAGAAGGAACGUCAAUACUCAAAAUCCAACAUCGGAAUUUUGUUCAAUAUGCUUUACUUGUAAUAUAUGCUUCUUGAUGUUAUUCUAUUAUGAUACUGUUGUGUUAGGCAAUUCAUGAUCCAAGUGUAAAAAUCAGGAUAAGCAUAUAACAUAGGAACCCCCCACACAUGCCCGUCUCCGCCCUCUGUCAGCGGCAGGGCACACACAUACUGAGCCAAGGUGGUGCCAGUUAUGUAAGCAUGUUAAAGAUCAUAUCGUGCAGCAAGCAAGCUGGAAAACAAAACAUUUCACUGUACGUGAACAAUUUAUUUUACUUUUAUUAGUAAAUGUUGUAAUGUAUCUAGCUAGCCCCAAAAUGAAGGUUAAGCUGGGAAAAUAUCCACGUGUUAGAUCAUGAAUGGUAUCACUUUGGCGAACACGGUUUUAUUGGGUGGAGUUCACUGAUAGAUUGAAUAUUAAAUGUUAGGGUUUUUACUGUUUUUCAUUAUUUUCUUGUUAAAUGUUUUGUUCUGGAUUGUAAACUUUAACUGUAUGUGUAAAAAUCAUGUACAUGUGGAAGAUAUUGUAUAAUAAAACCUAGAGGUGAUAA